UCUCUCGGACCAUCCCCAUUCCCAUACCCACCCAGUCCACACACUACAAAUACCAGAAACCUUUCUAUUUUUCUCUCUCUCUACAAUUUCUUAUUAUUCUCUCUCUAGAAAAAACCCCCCAUAACUGUACUACUUUUCUUUCUCUCUCUCUUCCAUUCAUGUUAUAGUUAGGGCAGCCCUGCGUAGAUGCUAGGGCUGCGAACCCUAGAGGUACAAACAUGGUGUUCAAAGGCAGGUUCUUCUCUUCGAAGAAAUCUGAUACUUCCAGUCCAGAUGCAUCGAAUAGUCCUCGAUCGUUCGGUUCUAACUCUCCGAUCAGAUCCGAGAAGAAGAAAGUUAAAUCCACCAAGGACGAUCCGCCGAUCGGUACUAGUUCUAGUGGUUUCGGUGCCCAGUGUCGUCAAGCUCAAGUAAAAGAUGGUGUCAAGCAGCAACAACAAUCAUCGCUGAAGAAGAAGGAUGUGAAGGGGAAAGAGACUCAAGCUCAAGCUCAAGCUCAAGCUCAAGCUCAAGCUCAGGCUCAAACUCCGGCGAAGCUGGGGUUGGGUUUGGGUUUGGCAUCGAGUUCUGGGUUGGGAAGUUCGGGUUUGAACUCACGCAAAUCAGCGGUGGAGAUGAAGGAUGUUCCAGCGUCUGUGUCGCCGAUUUUGGCAUCGUCGCUGGGAUUGAAUCGGAUUAAGACGAGGUCUGGGCCGUUGCCACAAGAGAGUUUUUUUGGGUUUCGAGGGGAUAAAGGUUCUGCACUUGGUUCUAGUAAGCUUUCGAAGCCUGUUGGUGAUGGUGGUGGUGGUGGUUUGUCUUCGGGUUCAGGUUCUGGGUCUGGCGGGAUUGGGAAAAGUGGGGGGAAGAAGGAGGGGGUUAGUCAGAGAAAGAUGGGUUCUGAAGAUAAUGUUGGAUUUGGGGGUUGGGUUGAAGUUGGAAGCAAUUCAGAUAGUAUGUCUACGGAGAGUGGACCAUCUAGAGACCAGAGUCCUCAUGUCCAGGCUCGGUCUAGGCUCCAGAAUAGUGAAUCUACAUCAGAAGCUGGGAGAUGUAAAUCAUCUUGGGGCCAUUCUGGAGGCUUGAGAAGUGCAGACCUUUGUACUCCUGAGAUGAAGACAUCAUAUGAUUGUGAAAAUCCCAAGGAGUCUGAAUCUCCCCGCUUUCAAGCUAUACUCCGUGUCACAAGUGCACCUAGAAAGAGGUUUCAUGCUGAUAUCAAAAGUUUCUCCCAUGAAUUGAAUUCCAAAGGUGUACGGCCUUUCCCAUUUUGGAAGCCUCGAGGUUUAAACAAUUUGGAGGAGGUUUUGGUUAUGAUACGGGCAAAAUUUGACAAAGCAAAGGAAGAAGUGGAUGCUGAUCUACACGUAUUUGCAGCAGAUCUGAUUGGAGUUUUGGAGAAGAAUGCGGAAAGUCAUCCUGAAUGGCAAGAAACUAUUGAGGAUUUACUUGUUUUGGCUCGGAGCUGUGCUAUGACAUCACCCGGAGAGUUUUGGCUCCAGUGUGAAGGGAUAGUUCAAGAAUUGGAUGAUAGACGUCAGGAACUCCCUGCUGGUGUGCUGAAGCAGCUUCAUACUCGUAUGCUUUUCAUUCUCACCAGGUGUACAAGAUUGUUGCAGUUCCACAAGGAAAGUGGGUUUGCUGAGGAUGAAAAUGUUUUUCAGCUUCGUCAAACUCUGCAUUCUGUUGAUAAACAAAUUCCUUCAUUUGUGGUAAGGGAUGGGAAAAGUACCAGUGCUGCAAUGACCUCGAAAGUCUCAACAAGGAAGUCUUACAGUCAGGAACAGAGUGGUUUAGAUUGGAAGAGAGACAAUUCCAUGCAGCCUGGAAAUUUUUUCUCUCCACCUGCUGCUGAUACAACAAAGAAUUUAGACUCUCCUUCAGGUAGGGAUCGGAUGGCUUCCUGGAAGAAACUCCCAUCUCCCGCUGUAAAAAUCACAAAAGAAGUUGCUCCUGUUUUUUCUCCUGUGAAAGAGGAGCAGAAUGAUAUUAAGGUGGAAUUAAAGAUUCUAAACAACGUGAGAGAAGCUUCAAAUGUGGAUUUGGCUACUUCUAAGCCUCCUGAGCUUCCUCCUGUGAAAGAUUCUCAUGUGCAUUCAUCAAUUCCUUCCAAGCACCAGCACAAACUUUCUUGGGGUCACUGGGGAGAUCGUCCUAAUAUUUCUGAUGAGAGUUCAAUAAUUUGUCGUAUAUGCGAGGAAGAGGUUCCAACUUUGCAUGUGGAAGACCACUCAAGAAUUUGUGCAAUUGCUGAUCGAUGUGAUGAAAAGGGUCUAAGGGUCAACGAGCGCCUUGUCAGAAUUGCUGAAACUCUUGAGAAGCUAAUUGAGUCUUUCUCACAGAAGGAUUUCCAACAUGUAGUAGGAAGCCCAGAUGGUGCUAAAGUAUCAAAUUCUAGUGUUACUGAAGAAUCUGAGCUUCUCUCUCCCAAACUCAGUGACUGGUCCCGCAGAGGCUCAGAAGACAUGCUUGAUUGUUUCCCUGAAGCAGAAAAUUCUGUUUUCAUGGAUGACCUCAAGGG